AUGCCUUCUACUCUCAGUUUCCAGUCCGAGACACCCACUCCUCAGGGAGAACAAGAUCGCUCUCUUGUAGCCUUGGAGCAUUAUGGCCUACAGCCGCCCUCUGCAAACCAAAAGCUCACUCCAUUGGAUAUGAAUAUGCCCAGGCUAUAUGGUAUCCGCUUGGUCCUUUGCUUUCCGACCAAUCCUAGCAUGGAUAAGUGGCAGAUAUAUGAGAACUUGAAGAAAGGAUUGGCUCACACUGUCACUUCCAUUCCUUGGAUAUCUGGACAAAUUGGCCCGGAAGAAGGACAAGAUCCCAAGAACCGAAAGGUCCAGAUUCUCGACUCGCCAGCUGGACACAGAUUCCCGUCCAAGGAUCUUACCGAUGCGCUGCCAUCCUAUGCAGAAUUAAGGGGGAGAAACUUUCCCUUGGCAGAAUUCGCUACAGCCCAGGUCGGCCCUAUUGACGUCAUGCCGCAAGGGCCCAACCAGCCUGUCUUUGCAGCUCAGGCUAACUUUGUCAAAGGUGGUCUUCUGCUGACAGUGGGAGUUCAUCACUCUGCAUGUGACGCGUCCGCCUUAGACGCCAUCCUGAGCACCUGGUCACACAAUACUGCCGUGGCUAGCGGUGGCUCUGGAUCUUUUUCCACGUUUGAUAAACCGUCUAACGAUCGCGGUCCCUUGAUGGAAGGGGGUCUCGGCAACGUCGACGUUUCUGCCUUUCCUGAAUACGUUCUGAUGCCUACUCCUCACUCCUCGGAGGGUGAUCUAUCAAGUAUGUCUGGAUUCCAGAUGCCUCCACUGGCCAGCCAUCUGUUUCACUUCUCACCAGAGUCUCUUGCAAAGCUCAAAGAAGAGGCAGGGGCAUUCUCCUCACAUGAUGCUCUCUGUGCCUUUAUAUGGCAGCGUAUGACUUUAGCGCGGAUGCAUUCUGGGGUCUUCAGUAAUCCCACUGCAGAGGACUCAACAUCGCGCUUCUGCUUUGCAGUUAACAUUCGCAACCGAAUGAGCCCUCCACUGCCACCUUCUUAUAUGGGCAAUGCUUCAAUGGGCUGCGUUACUGAGAAUAUCAGCGUGGCUUCCAUUAUAUCAAACAACGGAUUGAAGCAAGCUUCAGCCACGAUACGGAAGUCUUUGAGCGACUUCAACGGUCCUGGAAGGAUCGCUUCAACUAUUGGGCUACUGAAGUCGCGACCUGACCCUACCGACUUCAAAUUGUCCUUUAAUGGCUUCCUAGGCCCGGAUGUUGUUGAGUCUUCAUGGGCUGAUCUUGGCGUUUAUGGGCAUAAAUGGGGCGAUGCCAUUGACACAUUGGAGGCUGUUCGUAUACCCGGUGAAGGCUCAGAUGGCACUAUGAUGAUUUUGCCCAGGCUGAAGGAUGGUGGUCUGGAUGUAGUUGUUGGGUUGUCAACAGCAGCAAUGGAGAAGCUCCUUAAGGAUAAGGAGUUCAUUUCUCUUGCACGCUCUUGA